CGGAGGGGGGAGUUCGCGGCUCCGGGCUGGCGGGGUUGGAGGCCGCUCGGCGGGCGGAGGCGGUGACAGUCCCCGGGCGGGACUGUGUCUGAAGCGAGCGGCCCCUUCGGGAGCGCGAGAGCUUGUUCUGGCUCGGGGACCACUGAUGCAUCCGCGGCCUAGGCCCUGGUGCGGGCCGCGCCGCUGGCUGUUGCCUCCCGGCUAAUACUGACGGCGGGGCUGCUGCUGGGCACGCCGGGACGGCCUCCCGAGGCCUGCCCGAGGGCUCCUCUUCCCUUUCGCCCAGGUGGUGUCUGUCCUAGUGCUGUUCCCGGGCCUCCCUUACCUCAGCGAGCCCUGCUCUUCCCUCGAGGGCCUCUCGUUCAGGUCUCUAUGAAAAGUGAUAACCGCCCGGCGCUUUGUUUUUUUACCAAAGUAUCUUGUGUUGCUUUGGCCCCACAGCGUUUGGUCUUAGCGGCCACGCAACCAUGUCAGAAGGGGACAGUAUUGGUGAGUCUGUACAUGGAAAGCCUUCUGUGGUCUAUAGAUUUUUCUCAAGACUUGGACAGAUCUACCAAUCCUGGUUAGACAAAUCUACUCCAUAUACUGCAGUGCGAUGGAUUGUAACUUUGGGUCUGAGUUUUAUCUACAUGAUUAGAGUUUAUAUACUGCAGGGUUGGUACAUUGUGACAUACGCCUUGGGAAUCUACCAUCUAAAUCUCUUCAUAGCUUUCUUGUCGCCAAAGGUAGACCCAUCUUUAAUGGAAGACUCAGAUGAUGGUCCUUCCUUACCUACAAGGCAAAACGAAGAAUUUCGGCCUUUCAUUAGGAGGCUCCCAGAAUUUAAAUUCUGGCACUCUGCCACUAAAGGAAUCCUGGUUGCUAUGGCAUGUACAUUCUUCGAGGCUUUCAACGUUCCUGUAUUUUGGCCGAUCCUUGUGAUGUACUUCAUUAUGCUAUUUUGUAUCACUAUGAAGAGGCAAAUCAAGCACAUGAUAAAGUACAGAUAUAUACCCUUCACACAUGGCAAGAGGAAAUACAAAGGGAAGGAAGAUGUGGGAAAGACCUUUGCUAGCUAGAAGAUGCAAUCAAUCUGUUGACCAAUUCUGCUUCUAACUAAAGGAACGAUUUUGAGCCAUUGUAACAAUGCCUUUUUUCUUCAUAAAAAAUGAUUAAUAGAGUGGUGACAAAGCAGUUGAAUUUUCAUUUUAAGAAGAUCUUGCUAUUUGUAUCUGAAAUAUCAGUUUCUUGAAGAAACUGGCAUUCUAACCAAAUUGCAUUGAGUUGUUUACCUUUUGUAAGAAGUUGGAGAAACUUUAAAUAAUCCCAUGAAUUUGGGAUAAUGUAUUUCUUUCAAGAUCUGUUGCACUGGAGAGAUUAAUGGCUUAGAGUUGGAUAUUUUUACAUAGUUCUCCUGCUCAAUAUCACCCUUAAGUGCUGUGCACAUAUGUGGAGGAAAAAUGUAAGGUGGCACACAUGAUGCUGUUUUCUGCUUCAUGGCCAUGUGCUAUUUUCAUAGAAAAAAUCAGUAGACAUAAAUAGAUGCAGAACUUAAGCCAGUUUCCUAAAUGCAUGGUGUUACUGAGUUAUAGCCAAAUGAAUGUACAUGGGAAUAAGAAAGCUACUACAUUACGGGGUAUGCAGUAGGGAAAAAAAUACUCAUAUAGCUUCUUAAGUAACUCAUUUGUGUUGGGUUUUAAUGCCAGUUUCACUAUUACAUCUAGCAGAUGCUAAAAUUGGGCUUUUCAUGAUGACUCAAAACUUUGUUCAAACUCUAUCACAGUUUCCUUUGAGGACCUGAAAUGAUAAAAAAAAUAUAUUUUAACUGUUAUUAGUUGAUGUUUUUUUCAUACUGAAUGGUUUUUUUGAUUAAUUUAAGCUGACUUCAUACAGCCCCUUCAGAAUAUGCCCAAACUGGCCAUAGCAGACAAACAGUGUGGGUUUGAGCACAGCCUUUCAUUUUCUAUGGGGAAAGAAAAAAAAAUCGGAGGUAAAUGACCUGCAUGUAAACUUUUUCAUGUGAUACAACUGCAGUUUUAUUAAGUGACUUUUUAAUUCCAAAAUUUAUUAAAAGACAGUGUCCCCCUUUACUUGUUCUCUAUCUUUAUAUGCAUCUAUUGAUCUAACAAUAUUUAUGGUUGCUUUUCAAUAAUGGUCACCCUCAAUCUUCUUUUUAUGCAAUACCUUUUUCAACUCUCCCGGGAGUAUUCACUUGCAGAAAGUAGGAACGGAUUGGCUCUUUGAAGAUUCUGAAUGGAGAAUAGUCUCAACUUCAACAGACAUCUAAUUGGAAAAUGUAGGUGCCCUUUCAUCCAGUUUUGUGAAAUGAAGUCAUUAUGGAGCUCUGGAAUUCAGCCUUCAGUAACCCUGAGAAAAUGACAGGUAGUUUUAGUUCAUAUUGAGCUGUUGGUUUUUUGUAUGUUUGCGUGUGUUUGUUUCAUUAGCAGUGUGGAAACUAGUAACGUCAAAACUGAAAACUGUAGAAACCUAGUAUCCAGAAAAGGCCUUAUGAAAGCACCAGUCAUGGAUGCUUGCCAUUCGUUGCCUAAAAAUUUGAAAGCCCUGACAUGGAGAAGCUGCCUUCAGGUUUGAUGGAGUUUCUGAAUAAUAUGGGCAAGUUAGAAAAAUAUUAUGCCUACUGUGUUUAUUAAUGUUAAAAUUAGCAACUGGGAUGACUCCUACUAAACAACAGUGUUAGCAACAUCCGUUGCAAAUUGGACAUUUUUACCUCCACUUGAUUUCAGACUUUAGUGGCAGCUUGAGAUGAAUGCCUUCUGAGGUAGACAUAGAUGCUCUACAUUGAAUGGGAUUGUAGUUUCCAUGUAUGGAUUGAAGAUGAUGUUGAGACAGUGGUAUAGUUCCCUAGCUGAGUCUCAGCAUGCAACAGUCAUACAAGUUUGAUGGCGUUUUGUUAAACUCUGUUUAUCACUUACAAGUGCUAAAAAUAAAUUACCCUUACAGAA